CUCGACCUCACAAGCACCCCUACUGUCCCUGUGAAGCCCUUGGUAGACGGUAAUUGAGACCGAGAGGACCAUCCUAUCCGCCUCGUGUAGCUAUGGAUGUCGCCGUCAUCCAGUCGACUCCGACCUGACCAGAGCGUCCCCCUCCUCUCUCUCGCCACCUCUAGACUCCCCAUGACCCCACGAAGCUGUCCCACCUCCCAAAUUUGAGCGGAGGCCGUCGUAGGCCAAUUCCCCCUUUGCUCCCAAAGCCACCGUCCGCCUUGAAGCUCGCUGCCGACGACCCUGCCCACCUCUCCGGUCAUAGUGACCACCGGAAGGAUCGCCCAGACCGUCUCCAUCUAUUACCACAUCAAGGGCCCUGAAGGAACCGCCAAAUUGCCGGCGACGAUCACUGGAGCACCGCCUCUAUCCAACCGCGAGGAAGAAGACGCGGGCGACUAGGCAAACCUGACCAAUAGGCCAGGAGGGCGAACUGACAGUGACCCCGUGUCGGCACGCAUUGACUUAUGUGGUGCUGUAAUCUUGAGAAUCAUGCACCCCUCCCCCAUCUCUCUCUGUUUUCACUCCGGCGACGAGAGGAGCACGACAGGGCUCGCGGCUAGCCGGUUGGCGGCAUGGCGGCGGUGACGUGCGCGCCAGCAAGAGGGCGACGCCAGGGCUUCGUUUCCAACUUUCCAUGGCGCGGGCGAAACGACGAACAGUCACAAGAUCUCCGUCUAUCCGAUCUAGUGAUAACCAAUCAAUGGCUUCCAGAUGGAGCAGAAGGCUCGGCUGUGGCUGCUGCCAGCAAUGGAAAUUCGGCUCUUUCAGCAUCUCUGCAUGAUGGUUGGAAUUCUACUCUCUUUGCUACAUUUCAGAAUGUUCUUGAUGAUGAAGAAGAAGAGAUGGAUAAGUCUACUUCAAUCAUCAUUCAGGAGUGAAGAUGCAGUUGAUGUUUGUGUUGGAUGGUGGCUUCUACCUAUUUUAUGCGAUGGCUGCUAGCUUCUGCUUGUGUUGGGUGAUGGCUGAUAGUUGUUGGAUGGUGGCAUGGUGCCAACUAUUGUAUCAAUUUUUAUUUUGUUACAUGACUUGUACUCAGUUGAGUUAUUUGCCAACUAGCUUAUGUUUGUAUCGGAUGAUGGCUGUGUUGCGUAACGUAGCAUAAAUUUAAAAAAAUUCCUACGCAUAUUCAGAUC